GAAUUCCUUGGCACUUGAUACAGGCAUGGCCAAAUAUUUCCAGUUCUGGAGGAGAGUGCUAACUUGGGGAGCGACUGUUAAGGCAAACCAAAAAAUUUGCUGAGAACACCCAUAGUGUGACAGGAAGGGGCAGCCUUCCAGCCCAGCAGCCAUGCCUUUCGGCCUGAAAUUGCGACGGACCAGGCGCUAUAAUGUCUUGAGCAAGAACUAUUUUGUGGCACGGAUCCGUCUGCUGGACAGCAAUGUGAUAGAGUGCACGCUCUCCGUAGAAAGCACAGGUCAGGAGUGCCUGGAAAUCGUGGCACAGAGGCUGGAAUUACGUGAGACACACUACUUUGGCCUUUGGUUUCUCAGCAAGAGCCAGCAAGCACGAUGGGUGGAACUGGAAAAACCUCUGAAGAAGCAGCUGGACAAAUUUGCCAAUGAGCCUUUGCUUUUCUUCGGGGUAAUGUUCUAUGUGCCCAGUGUAUCCCGACUGCAGCAAGAGGCCACAAGAUAUCAGUAUUACCUGCAAGUGAAAAAGGAUGUUCUUGAUGGUCGAUUACGUUCAUCGUUAGAUCAAGGAAUCCGGCUAGCUGGCUUAGCUGUGCAAGCGGAUUUUGGAGACCACAAUCAGUUUGAAUCUCAUGACUUCCUCCGAGAAUACAUCUUGUUUCCUAUGGACUGGACGCAAGAUGAAGCAGUCCUAGAGGAGCUGACUCAAAAAGUAGCUCAGGAACACAGAGCUCAUUGUGGCAUACCAGCAGCAGAUGCUGAACUUAUGUACAUCAAGGAGGUGGAACGUCUUGAUGGCUUUGGACUGGAAAGUUUCCCUGUGAAGGAUAAUCAUGGAAAUGACAUACAUUUUGGUAUUUUCUUCAUGGGAAUUUUCAUAAGAAAUAGAAUUGGAAGGCCAAUCACAUACAGGUGGAAUGAUAUUGGGAAUAUAGCACAUAACAAGUCUACAAUUGUUCUGGAGUUGAUCAACAAAGAAGAAAACGUGCUCUUUCAUACAGAUGACAUUGAAAAUGCCAAAUAUAUUUCACGGCUGUUUGCUGCAAGACAUAAGUUUUACAAACAGAAUAAAAUCUGCACAGAACAAUCAAGUUCUCCUCCUCCCAUCAGACGGCGGCCCACCUGGAGUAGGUCAUCCUUGCCAAGACAGCACCCAUUUAUACUGCCUCCUAUGCAUGUCCAAUGUGGAGAACACUACACUGAAACACACAAUUCACAAGACAGCAUUUUCCAUGGGAAUGAAGAAACAUUCUACUGUAGAUCUCAGACCAGCUUGGAUAGGUGUCCAAUGGACUUCAGCUACUUAAAUGGUAAUGGGCCCAAUGGCAGUGUAUGCAGUGCCCACAGCAUGAACUCCCUCAACCAUUCACAGAACUUUGUUCAGGCUUCCCCAGUGUCCUCCAAUCUCAGCAUCCCAGGAAGUGACAUCAUGAGACCAGACUAUAUUCCCAGUCACAGACAUAGUGCAAUCAUAGUGCCUUCCUACAGGCCAACUCCAGACUAUGAAACGGUCAUGAGGCAGAUGAAGAGAGGGGUUAUUCACAUGGACAGCCAAAGUCAAUCUCUGAGGAACCUCAAUAUUGGAAACACUCAUGCUUACAACCAAUCAGAAGACCUGGUGUACAGUCAACCUGAGAUUCGGGAAAGACAUCCCUAUACAGUUACUUAUGGACCCCAGGCUGGCUAUAACAAACCUGUUGCCCCCUCUGACCAAAUGAACCCUAACACUGUGCAGAAUAAGACAGCAGCCAGUGCCAUAUCCCAUACAGUUAGCACGCCAGAGUUGGCAAACAUGCAGCUGCAGAGCAAUCAGAGUUAUAGCACUGCUCAUAUGUUAAAAAACCAUCUGUACAGGCCUCCACCUCCAUAUCCACGUCCACGUCCUGCCACUAGCACACCUGACCUAGCAAGCCACCGCCACAAGUACGUCAGUGGCAGUAGCCCUGAUUUGGUUACUCGGAAGGUCCAGCUUUCCGUGAAGACAUUCCAAGAGGAUAGUUUGCCAGUUGUUCAUCAGUCUCUCCAGGAGGUCAGUGAGCCCCUCAUGGCAGUCAAACAUCCUGCAGCUGUCAACAAGCGCCAUAGUUUGGAGGUCAUCAGCAAUAUGGUGCGUGGAAUAGAAGCCAUGGCAUUAAAGACUUUGAAUGCCCCUCUACCACGUAGAAACACCUUGCGAGAGCAGGUGCAGCCAGAAGAGUCAGUGCAGAUGGGACACGAGGUUCAGCAGCUCCCUCACUACCAUCAUAAAAAAACCUUCUCAGAUGCCACAAUGCUGAUACACAGUAGUGAAAGUGAAGAGGAAGAAGAAGCGGCAGAAUCUGUCUCUCAGAUAGCAGCACUCCAUGAACAGUUGCAAGCUGCCUUGGCUAGAAUACCAAAUAAACCUCCUCCAGAGUAUCCUGGGCCAAGGAAAAGCAUUAGCAAUGGAGCCCUUAGACCAGACCAAGUAAAUAUUUCUGCAGCAGUAGCCAGGGCAAGGGCUAUGAGACCAGGACCUUCUAAAGCCAUUAGUGUAUCUCGGACUGAUCAAAUGACAAUAAAUGGGUCUCCCCUGGGACCCUCUAUCUCAGAACCCGACCUCACAAGUGUAAAGGAAAGGGUCAAGAAAGAACCAGUGAAGGAAAGACCUGUGUCUGAAAUGUUUUCUAUUGAGGACAGCAUUAUAGAAAGAGAGAUGAUGAUGAGGAAUCUAGAGAAGCAGAAGAUGGCAGGCCUGGAGGCCCAGAAGAGGCCCCUGUUGUUGGCAGCGCUGAAUGGACUCUCAGUUGCUAGAGUUCCAGUGCCUGAGGAUAGCCAGGAUGAAGUAGCCAAGGUGCCAAUGGACGAGAGGUGCAAAAUCUUGAAAAGGAAGUUGGAAGAAGGAAUGGUAUUCACAGAAUAUGAACAAAUUCCAAAGAAAAAGGCAGAUGGGAUCUUCACCACCGCAGCCUUGCCUGAAAAUGCUGAGCGAAACCGAAUCAGGGAGGUUGUUCCUUAUGAGGAGAACCGAGUGGAACUGGUACCAACCAAAGAAAAUAAUACAGGUUACAUCAAUGCUUCACACACAAAGGUUACUGUUGGUGGAGAGGAAUGGCACUACAUAGCCACACAAGGACCUUUGCCACACACAUGCCAUGACUUCUGGCAGAUGGUAUGGGAACAGGGGGUGAAUGUUAUAGCCAUGGUCACAGCUGAAGAGGAGGGAGGAAGAAGUAAGAGUCAUCGUUACUGGCCUAAACUGGGCUCUAAGCACAGCUCAGCCACUUAUGGGAAGUUCAAGGUGACAAAUAAGUUCCGCACAGAUUCUGGUUGCUAUGCUACUACAGGUCUAAAAGUCAAGCAUCUUCUUUCUGGACAAGAGAGGACAGUAUGGCACCUGCAGUAUACUGACUGGCCAGAUCACGGUUGUCCAGAAGAAGUCCAAGGCUUUUUAUCCUAUUUGGAGGAGAUACAGUCAGUUCGUCGCCAUACCAACAGUGUGUUGGACAGCAGCAACAAUUGUAAUCCACCAAUUGUGGUUCACUGCAGUGCAGGUGUGGGGAGGACAGGGGUAGUUAUCCUAACAGAGCUGAUGAUUGGCUGCUUGGAACAUAAUGAAAAAGUGGAUGUUCCGGUGAUGCUGAGACGACUGAGGGAGCAGAGGAUGUUUAUGAUUCAGACCAUUGCUCAGUACAAGUUUGUCUACCAAGUGCUCAUCCAGUUCCUGCAGAACUCCAGACUCAUUUAACCUCCAGCGUUGUGGAUCUGACUGAACCUUCUUGACAAGAAAGGGGCACUCCUUCAGCAGCAUGUCUUAUAGCAGUGUAUGCAUAUAGUGUACUUGCUCAAGUUGCCUCAAAAGCAAGGAGUCCUUGUUCUUGACUAGAGAGUCCUGUGAGUUAUUUUAUACACAGUAAUUUAUUUUUCUUGAAAUAACUUGUGAAUUUCUUAAUAACUCGUGAAACUGUAUGAUGACUUUUUGAACCACAUUUAAUAUGACUGAUCUGCAUUGUAAAAUAUCCAUAGGGUAGGUUAUCCUCUCUCAGGGUGUUUGUUGGCCUUUGUGUUGUUAUAUGGCUUAUAAAAUGAACAGUUCUUCAGGAAAUAGGUUUUUUCCCCCAGCAAGAGCCAGAUAUGUGGCUUUUGCAAUGCAAAUAAAACCUGAUAAAUGACAAUUAAAACUCUGCAAUAGUCAGACUUGAUGACAGAUAAAAUCCUAGAAUACAGAGAGAUCAAAGCAUGAAUCCCUGAAUAGGUGACUGGAAGAACUGCAAAGCAAGAAGUGGGGUAAUCAGGUAGACUUCUGUGGCACUCAACAGUUUAUGAAUUUGGAAAGAAUUAAUAUUGCAAUACAGUACUUGACAAGAAGCAGCACGACCUCUAGCAUCCACCAUUCUGUGGUCCCAUGGUAGACAAAUGGUCAUAAGCAAAAAAAAAAAGCACCCUGAAGUCAACAAGAGUCUUUCCAUUAAGCUUACUGGGCUUUGGAUUGAGCAGUAGAGAAGCACUUCAGCCAGCUUGCACCCUAAGAAUAUUCAAGGCAACAAAUAUGUUCUCAUUAAUGACUGAAGCUUUUAUUGUUGGCAUAUACAGUGCAGUCAAAUCCUGCUCACCUUCCUCAAGCAAGGCAACUCAUUAGGGUCUGGGCGUCCCGUUGUGUACACGUUGCCACCAUCAUUUAGGUUGUCUGUUUCUAAUACUUUUUUAUAGUAUUGAAGUGAUGAAUUCUCUCUCAACCAUAUCCCCAUUUUGUUUCCUUUCCUGAUCACUGCCAAAUAAUGAGCCUGGAGGUUUUAAAUUACAGAAUGUUGCUGCCCUCAGAUUUUUCCGUCAGCACCUUGCAGUUUAUGAUCAUAUCAGGCAUCACCCACGUGGGCACUGCAGCUCUAAUUUUCUUAGCUUUCAAUCUUUUUUUCCUAUAAUGAAUUGCACGGGCCACUUGCCCACUCGGACUGCAACUUGUAUUGCGAUUCUCUUUGCCCGUAUCAUUAGUAGUGAGUAUUUGUAUUCUAGUAACACCUACAGACCUUAAUGUGGGGAUAGGAGCCCCACUGUGCCAGCUAUGGUACAAGCACAAAAAGGGAACGCUGUCCCUGCCCUAAAGGCUUUAUAAUCUGAAUAAAAAAGGUAGAUGAAGUCUAACUUUCUCCAUCUCCUAAUGGGAGAAGAGAAAUGGAUACAGUAGAACCCAGAUUCUCUGUAAGGUUAGGGUACUAACCCACUGCAAAGUUACAAAGUACCCAGGGGCAUAUGCAGCCACAGCAAACAGCUGUGCAGGAUUUCUGAGGGGCUCUGGCUGUUUGCUGUGGCUUUUCUUCAAAGGGCACUGCUGCUUCAGUCAGCCAGGCAGGACUAUAGCUCAUCUUUUGCUGUGUUUCAGCAGAUGGGAGAAGUACUGCUGUUACAGUUUAGUGGGUUGUCCUUAAUUUGGCAACUAACUGUGAACUUAGUGGCUUGCAAACCACUCUGAGAUAAACCAUCUUGGCUCUACUGUGCCUCUCUACAUCUGUCCGCAAGUAGUAGCUGUAUUUGUUGGGUGGGGGGAAUAAUUGUAUAGCUAAUGUGGACUUAACAAAUAACAAAAGAACCAAAGCUUCUGUGUCGUCAAAGUAUUUGAUAAAGGGACAAAAUAAGCCAAAUGGAGAACAGCAUUUGCUUUUAUCAGCUCUACAUUUAGCUUUGAUUUCAUACUGUGAAGGUUCAGGAGUAUAAGGGUUCCUGAAGUGCAGACCAUAGUGCAAGAUCAGGCCCCAAGCAGGCUUUGCUUAAAACAAAGACCUGGGAGAAUUCAGGUUUACAACCUAUCUUCAAUCUCAAUUUUUCCCUUGAAUUUAUGCUAAACAUGACACUUUUUGUCAAUGAAAUUCAUGAAAGAUCAUUGAGAUCUGGUAUAGCUCCUUGGCAUUACAUUUGGGUGGGUCUAUUUUUCCACCAGAUUUGGAUAGAAAAAGUGACCUUUAAUUCUAAACAUCCUCUUGGCUGUAUAUCUUUUUUUGGCAGUGAGCUUCUACAAUAUAUAAAUCACAGGCAGUUUGUAAUGUUAGGUUUUCUCCCCUGAAAUGGCACACUUCAUUGCUGCUCUUGCCUGUUUUAUUUGCUCUAUGUAGCUUCCAUUCACCUUAUUCCAGGAGUAAUUCAAUCUGAUGUGUAUGUAGUGGCUCCAAGUGACUUUAGAGUUAUGCCCCUUACAUAUUACCCUGGAAACAUCCGUGCUAGUCCAGAAGCCUACAGUGUAUUAAACAGGAGCAGCCUAGAACCUUGAGCCUCGUUAUAGUUACCUGUAACUUCUGCUUUUCCAGAAGUAGCCUCCUAAGUUCUCUGGCAACAAACUUGAAGCUUUUCUUCUUUGACUCUGAUUACAUUUGUUUUGCCCUCAAAUUCAGAACCUUAAAGGUAUUUAGCUUAGGUCCCACUAACAUAGAUGAGAGUUGGUCCCUGUAUGCCUUUAUCAAUCUGGGAUGGAAUGUUUUACAUAAACAGGUUAUCUUCAUCAUUCCUAGCUGGCAUUUGGUGACUUUGCAGGAUGAAGGCAAAACGGUGAGAAAAGAAUAUUGAUUAGAGUGAGGCUUUCACUCCAUGCCACCAGAGUGGCUAGGAGAGAGGAAAAUAUUUAGCUAAAAUAUCUUGAUCAUGUUCCUUUUAAGAAUCAGUUGAUUCUUCAGUCAGCUUAAGUCUUCCUCUAAUAUCUUCUGCCAAUGCCAGCAUCUCUCUUGUUAAAUUAGCAAUAGUCAUUUAAAGUCUUUCCAGUGGCAUCUGCAUGAUAAUUAAGGAGAUGCUUUAUAUCUGGGAAACAGGCCAAGGAGUAAACCUUGAAGCAAAGUAUAUUAAAUUAGUUAUCUAGUUAUAGCUUUUUGAAUAAUUUCCUAAUGAUGAAUUAAGUUUGAACUCGAAGCUGUCAAGUCCCAUUGCUCCAUUUGGAUUUAAAAGGUAGAAAACCAGCAGGGAAAAUAACUUGCUCAUUGUUUUUAUUAUCCAGCUCCCCUGUUUGAAAUUUAUACGGGUAUUUUGGAUCUGUUCUAUAUUAUUUCAUAAGAAAGCACAAAUAACCACAAGAAGGAGAAAAAAAGCACUUAUCAUGAAAUGGCUUCUCGUAACAUAAAGGUAUCUUAAGAAAAAUAUAAAUUACAAAAUGGUAUAAAAAGUCUUAUAGUUAAGUUGUCAUCUUUUAAUGAGCAAAGUAAAAGGCCAUGUAACAAACAACUACUUUCAGUGCACUCUUAAAAUGGCUGCUAUUGUAUAUGGAGUCUAAGGUGACUCACUUUCUCCCUUUUAUUGAAGCGUGGUAAUUUUAACUUUCCCCUUGUCUGACUCGCUGUAUUAUCUUGACCUGAUCAGUUAGCAUCUUAGGUGACUGGAGUGCUAUACGUCUCCAGAGCUUCCUCUCUUAGCCCCAUUUGCAACUAUAAACGGAGCCAUGUCAAGGUUUUAUACUGAGAGAAGCAAAAAUACUCCUUCUGAUUUUGAAAUACUGCAGCUUUAUCAGAAGUAAAUUCCUUGGAGUACGUUCCCUAACCUUAAGGGAGAAACAGGAAAAAAUAUUUUCUAUCCAAUUCCAUUAGUCACA